CUGCGCUGCAUUUUAAAAAGGUUGAUUUUUAUAAGAAAAUAUUAAAAUGGCUACUUCUUUAAGAUCUGUAUCAUGCAUUAGACCUCUUUUAGAUCGUGUGCUAGUUCAGCGAAUCCAACCAGAAAGUAAGACUGCUUCAGGUAUUUUUUUACCAGAAAAAUCAUUAGAAAAAUUGUCAGAAGGCAAAGUCAUUGCAGUUGGUCCAGGAGGACUUGAUAAGGAUGGAAAAACAGUUAAAACCAGUGUUAAAGUUGGUGAUAAAGUUAUUAUUCCUGCAUAUGGAGGAAGUAAUAUUAAAGUCGGAGAUCAAGAAUAUCAAUUUUAUCAUGAUCAUGAGUUAUUAGCUACUAUAUCUAGCUAAUUAUAUAUAAAAAAGUAGCCUUGUAUGUAUAUAAUGUUUUAAAGCU